AUGCAGGAGGUGACCGACACGGACAGCGGCAUCACGCUGCACUCGGGUGCCGGCGGCCCCGCGGCGUCAGCGGCGCAGGACGCGGCGCGGGCGGCGCGCCGGCGGCAGCGCGAGCUGGAGGCCCGGCUGGAGGCGCGCGUGCAGGAGCUGCGGCGCCUGUGCCUCCGCGAAGCGGAGCUGACGGGGGCUUUGCCCCCCGAGUUCCCGCUGAAAGGCGGCGAGAAGCCCCCCAGGGUGCGGCGCAGGAUCGGAGCCGCCUUCAAGCUGGAUGAGACCCUCGUCCUGCGCGGGGCGGACCCGCUGAGCGCCCUGGAGCGGGACCUGGCGCUGCAGCUGCAGAUCGCCAGGGCCGCCCAGCGCCUCUGCCGGGAGGAGAACAUCAGCAAGCAGCUGCGCAAGCGGAGGAAGAGCGCGGCGCGCCGCGAGGAGAGGAAGCUGAAGGAGCUGGAGGACACCCUGAACGAGUGUCGCCUGCUCGCCACCCGCCGGCCCCCGCCCGCCGGCGCCGAGGAGCCCGCCGCCUCGGACGAGAGCUCCCUGUCGGACGCCGCGCCGCCGGAGGAGGAUGAGAGCCGCCCGCCCCGGGCCGCGCCACCGGCGCCCGCUGAGCCCCAGGACCGGCCGCCCUCGCCCGCCCGCGCCGGCGCCUGGCAUGACACCGGCCUCGGGAAGCUCGACGCCGACGCCAGCGGCGCCCCGGCGGCCUCGCCGGCGCCCCGGACCCCCCGCGCGGGCGAGGUGCCCCCCUACCGCUUCGUGCCCGUCAGGAGCCUGGCGCUGCGCCGGCGGCUCGGCUCCAGCGCCCCCGGCACGCCGGAGCCGCCGGGCCGGCGCGGACAGUCGCCGUCGCCGAGGGCGGACGGGUGCUGGGAACCCGCCGAGCCGCGGGGCCGCGGCACCCUGCCCCGGCGGCGCCCGACCUACUACACCGUCACCGUGCCGGCGUACUGCUUCCCGGCGCCCGGCCCCGCGUCCCGCUCCGGCUCCGACGACAGCAAUUCCGACGGCUCCGGCGUUUCCCGCGCCACCUCGCCCGGCAGCAGCAGCCCCGACGUCACCUGCCGCCGGCCGCCCGCCGCUUGCUGCUACCGCGGCGUCCCGGGGUUCCCGGCGCCCGCCGGGGUCCGCGCACCGGGCGCCAGGCGUUACGAGCAGGAUUUGGCCCCGUUGCGCUACCAGCGCCUGGUGCCGUCGCACAGCCGCAUCGUGCGCACGCCCUCGCUCAAGGACUCGGCGCCGGCCACCGGCCGCGGCCUCUCCAGAGCCGCCGUCUCGGAGGAGCUCCGGUCGUGGCACGAACGCGCCCGGCUGCGCGGCGCCCGGCCCCGCUCGCUCGACCGCCCGGGCGCUCUGCGGGUGCCCGGCGCGCCGCCUCGCCACCCCGGCCCGUGGCGCGGCAGCCAGCCCCGUGCUCAGAUGCCGCAGGUGCACGUGCUCAAGCGCGCCCCAGACGGGGGACCCGUGCAGGUCUACGUGUCUGAGAACGGCGAGAUCAUCACACAAGUGUGAGCGCGGCCCUGGCCAGGGGCACGCCGCCAACGCCGCGGGGGCAGCAUCGCCCCCCGCU